ACUCUUUGUUUGAAUCAACGCGUAGUGUUUCUAUAUAGUUUGUGUUUGAAUCCCAAACGAUGGGCACUGGAAAAUUAUGUGGUUUAUGUCUGCAUUAUGUUGAGCGCAAUGUGUGCAUUUGUCAUCAGCUACGAUCUUCAUUCUGUACAGAUGUGCAGGGACGAGGCAAUGGCCAAACCGUAGGCGGUUAAUGGUCGUUAUGAACUUUCGGCCUGUGUAUUUAAAGCGGUUGUACCACGGAAUCGUUGGCAAUGUACCCGAAAUAAGAGUAUUAGCUGAGAUGUUGGCUGUUCCAUUUAACUGGGAGACUUCUGCAGGAUAUAAAAUAUUACUCAGGACAAUAUCAUUGUUACAAGACAACUCCUUCAAACAGAAUCUUUCAGCUAACUGUAAACGCCGCAAGGACAAUGGAGGACGCACUUCAUAUACAGAAGGCUUCACAUUUAGAGCGACCACAGUUGGGUAGUGGUAACUGCCCAUCGGGUCGUCAUGGAUGUGCCAUUCACAAAGAGGAGCUAAUGCGGAACUAACCAGAGCUAAAUCUAUUGCCGACUGAUUUCUGUUAGGAUACUGGACAGUUGUAGCUAUGUCACCAUCAUUCAGAAUACACAAGUCAAAGUCAUCAAUAAGUGCAUAUAAACUGUUACCUCUAUUAUUAUUUGUCUGACAUCCAAACAGGAUAUGGUGAGCAUUAAAAUCUCCCAUAAUAAGACAUGGCUUAGGAGUUUCUAGUAGCACCUUUUUCAUUUUGCUUGUAGCAGACCUGCUGCUAUUGGGAGGACAAUAUACACAUAGAAUAUGUAACUUACCCAUAGUUGUGUCUACGGAAAUGCAAAUAUUUUGCACAGAUUCGAAAAAAGUUGUAUUUACAAUAGUGUAUUUUAAGUUUUGUUUAAUUAAUAUACCUACUCCGUUAUGUUCAUUUACUGAGUUUUUGUGUAUAAAAUUAUAGGGUGAAAAAUCGGGAAUUGUACUAGUUGUUUUAAGCCAGGUUUCAUUUAAGAGACAGAUAUCUAUAUGUUGUUCCGAAAGAAAUUUUUUAAGUAAGGCCCUUUUGCUCUGUAAGCUCUGUAUGUUAUAUUGUGCUAUAUUCAAAUAUGUAUCCAUUAUGUUAUUAAAUUACUUAAAAGUAUGUCUUUAAUUCUUUUAUUUGUAAUCGGAGCGCUGCUCUUGUCAUUGCCAAGCAUAACUAAUGAUUUGACUAGCGCAUUAAUAAUUAACUCGUUGUUUAGUAUUUGCUCAGCAUUAUAUGAUACUUUAUUUAUGUCAGUAUCAACAGUCUUUACAGGUUUAAGGUUUGGGAAUGCUUUCGGGUCGGGCAUUGCUGGGAUACUCACCACAGUGGCAUACGAUCGGUUUGGUUUUAAAUACUUAUUCUUCUUCUCUUCCAUCUUUUGUUGCUUCACUGGACAGUUCCUAGAGAUGGCCAAGUGACCACCAUGACAGUUGAUGCACACAAUUUCUUCGACGUCGCAUUCUUUGUAGGAGUGUUGUCCAGAGCACGAAGAACACCUUUGAGAACCUCGGCAGACUUUUGCAGAGUGAUUAAACUUCAGGCAUUUGUAGCACUGUAGUAACGGAGGUAUGUAUAUGUGGACCGGGUAUCUGAACAUCUGUAUGUAGGCGUGCUGCGGCAGCGCUGUUGCAGCGAAGGUCACUGCAAUGGUCCCCAGCGGAGUGAGCUUUCCAUCUACCUUUCGCAUAAAUCUCUUGACGGAGAUGACUUCUGCAUCGCAGGUAAUGCUUUUGUAUAUGUCUUCAUUGCUUAAGUCUUUAGGUACGUAUCUUAUGACUCCAGUAAUUUCAGUGAGGUGCGCCGGCACGAACGCUUUCAAUUUGUGUUUUCCUAGAAAGUGUGUCAUGGUAAGGAAGUUAUUGGCCGGUGCUGGUUUUCUGAACGUUAUGCCCACUUUAUAUGCGUUCACUCUGUGGACGCCAGCGAUUCCUUUUACAUUUUCCGUAAAUACUUUGUAAGUGCUAUUGGAUUUUUGUUACCGAUUUUUUCCUUUUCUUGUGAUUCAACGUAGACUACGCAGUCUACGCUGUGGUUUUCUGGGAAUUGUCGCGUGUAAUUUGUUUUUGUGAAAAUUUUGUAGUCGACGGCAUUUCCUUUGCAAGUAUCAUGCAAUUUCCUUUUCUUUGAUUCUUGCUCGGCGGGGGCCGGGCCCCCGUCGGAAUCUGGACCCAUUGUAUUUACACUAUAUAUAGGUAUGUACUAAUUAACUAUUUACACGGAAAUUUACAACAAAUAUACAAAAUAAAAAGAAAUGAAAAUUCAGCAAAAAUUAAAACACCCGCUUAGCUUGAUUUCCCGCCGAAAUUCCAGUGACAUUUUAUUUUAGCUAGUGUUGGCAUAACAUUAAAUGGAAUUGUUACAUAGUACUAUGAUUGAGAUAAUGUAUUAUUGUAGGAAAUUCUUUGUAAGAGACUUAUUCUCAGCCAUAUUACCUUUAUUUUUGUUAUUACUGAUAGUACAUUUAUUACUUAUAAUAAUAUAAAAUAUUUUAUGGGUUGUGUUGGUAGUGUUACAAAGUGUAUACGAAAAUAGUAGGAAUAUACUAAAUGGCAACAUUUGAAUAGAGUAAGAUGAUUUCAGUGGAGUUUUGGCGGGAAAUUGACCGGCGGCGGUUUGCUGCUCCUGUAUUAUUGUUUAAAUAAUGGUUUGAAGUGGACUUUGAUAUGUAAAAGUGUUGCGAUUUUGUGUAUUAAGUGUCUACGCAUGUGAACUAUUAGUGGAAACAGUGAAACAAGUGCUCUGAUGGUGAUGGAUUCUCAAGAUAAGCUGUUUGUUUGCAUAGGUACCUUUAGAUACCAUCGCCAACUAUCAGCUGUCUGCUGGAUCAAGUUGCCGCCAAAAUCUCCCAAGAACUGCACAAUGUGACGCAUCAACAUAUUGUGAAGCAGUAUACUAUGAAGGAGUGAGGAAAUUACAAUAAACCGAAUAAAAAUACUUAAGACUUGGCCUAAAGGUCUAGAUACCAGGCCAUAAACUCCAAAAAAAAAAAAUGAUUGCAGUCAUUUGAUAUUCCCAAAAAUGUUUGUUUUUUUCUGUGGCUUUAAUUAAAAUACAUUUUUAUUUGAAAAAUCAUAGAAAAGUAAUACAACUCAUUUUAUAUAUAACUUAUUUCUAGACGCUAUAAUUUUUGUCAACUAUUUUUCUGCCAUUGCUUUUUUGGUUAUGGGUUGGUUUAGGGAACCUUUUAGCUUAGAGGUCGUCUAUGUGAUUGUGUAGGGGAUGUUGGUGAAAUUGGGCAUGAGAAAUUUGUAAAGAUGCUAGUGUGCGUGAAAAAUUAUUGUAUAUGCCGGCAGCUUAACUAUUACCCGAUUAACGGGAAAAUUUAUUUUAUGCUAUGGCUUAGUAGUUAAGUUCAUAGUUAUGAAUGUAUUCCAGAAAUACUUAUAAAUGAAUAGUUUAAUAAAACGAAUGUAUCAAUAUAUUUGUGUAUAUUAUGUAUAGGUUUUUCUUCUGAAUAAAUGACAUAUAAAUG